AGAUUUAUAUUAUCUAAAAGGACUCUGUAAAUAAGUAUUAAACAAUAUGUUUCGCUUAGAUUUUAUAUCGGUAUGUGUCUGUGUAUGUGCAACAAAUUUUCUAUUCGGAAGUGCGAGCGCUGUUCCAAAGUAUGACACAAGUGGAAAAUCUUAUAACGAUAAAAACGAAUGGAGUCGAUCAUUCUAUAAUGAAAAUAAAACUCAACAAUUCGAGCAGGACAGCUCAACAACUAAAGACCGUUUGCAACGAUUGGGAUAUACUACCGGCUAUGGGACAAUAAAUGGCUACCCAGCAGGAACUGGAAUUUCGGCAUAUAAUCCCAUUAAACUUGAUUUGGGCGGUGUGGUAUUAGGGACACUGGUUGGUAUCGGUGCCAUCAUUAUUAUACCUAAAAUAUUGAGUGCAUUCCAUGGUGGAUACGCUGGAUACGGCAGAAGUGAAAACGAAAAUGAUUUGUCAUCAUUGACAAAUUUCAUGAAUAAACUCGAUGAUAUAUUAGGCCAAAAUAAUAUAGAUUCAACAAGUUGCAUGCAGCGUGCUAUUUGCAGUUAUGUACGUUCAACCGAAUAUAAUAUGAAAAUGGGUGCAUCUGAUCAAAUGGAUGAAUUUAUUCAUAUGAUGUCUGAGAAUUCGCUGGUCGAUUACCUGUUGGAUGGCACAGCAAUUAAAGAGGCAUUAGAACAUGGCAAACAAAUUAAUACGAAACCAUGUGAAGAAGUGUAUACCAAUUGCCCACUGGACAGCAAAAAGGUAACCAGCAUGCUAAUUAAAUUGUUGCCAAAAAAGUCAACAACAACAACAUCAUCGUCAUCAACAACAAACAAUAAUCAAUAAAACUGUACAACAUACUUAAAUAAAUAAAUAAUAUGUAUUAAACAA